UUGAAUUUGAGGGUUUAAAAAAAGAAAGGAUUUUUCAGAUGAUGUCAAAAGGCACAUAUGUACGCCUGGUUUCUCUUCUUCUUCAUUUUCGAUCCAUGAUUUUCGGCUGAUAUCAGAAACCUAAGUAACGGUUCGACCGGUUCAUCGGAUUAAGUUAGGUUAAGAAUAAUGCUUGAGUCUUCGGAAUCAGAAUUGGUAUGCGUAUUUGGGAGAAAUUGGUUUCAUGGAGGUGAUUAUAUGUUGUUGAGUUAGGGUUUUGGACAGGCUGGUACUGAAUUCUGAACUGGGAAUCUGUAUAAGAUUGUUUAAUCUAGGGUUUACUUAUAUUGUUUCUGGUAAUGGAAGGAAAUUUGUCGUCUGGAAAUAUGAUCCAGGGUGGUGUUGGUGGAUCUUAUGGAAGCCUUGAUCUUCAAGCUCCAAUUCGAAUUCAUCACCAAAAUCAAAAUCAAAAUCAAAAUCAAAACCAAAACCAGAACCCUCUUAGCCUUCUUCAACAUCACUCAAUUCCUAGGCAAGGAUCAUCGUUCACCGAUCAGAAUCAUCAUACAGUCGGUUUGGGAGAUUUCCCCAAGGGAGAAAGGGGGAAAAACAUUUCCUUUAGCGACGAAGACGAACCGAGCUUUGCUGAGGACGAUGUUCACAAUGAUCCUAACAGGGGUAAAAAGGGUAUUCAGUGGCAUCGAGUGAAAUGGACUGAUAAGAUGGUGAAGCUUCUGAUAACUGCUGUCUCUUACAUAGGAGAGGAUGCGAAUUCUGAAUUUGCGAGCGGAGGUAUCAGGAGAAAAUACGCCAACAUUCAUAAAAAGGGUAAAUGGAAAUCAGUAUCGAAAGUGAUGGCAGAAAGAGGGCAUUGUGUUUCGCCCCAGCAAUGUGAGGACAAAUUCAACGAUCUUAACAAAAGGUACAAGAGACUGAACGAGAUUCUCGGGAGGGGCACUUCUUGUCAAGUUGUGGAAAGGCCUGAACUUCUCGAACGAAUGGAUCACGUUUCAGAUAAGGCAAAAGACGAGGUUAAGAAAAUCCUGAGUUCCAAACAUCUCUUCUACGAAGAGAUGUGUUCUUACCACAAUAGUAACAGACUCCACUUACCCCAUGAUCCUGAUUUACAACGCUCUUUACGGAAAUACUCUGAUAUUCGUGAUGGAAACGACGACGAUGAUGUGGAAAUGGACGAUGAUAAUGAUGACGACGAUGAUGAAGAAGAGUUUGAAGAUGGAGGUGAAGGGGGGAAUAAGAGGAAAAAGAAGAAGAAGAAAUGCGGUGGUGUAAAGAAGAUGAAACCUAAUUGCGGGUCUCAUCAAGAAACUUUCUUUAGUGCUCAUACUAGUCAGACUGUGGAUCAUCAUCAAGUAGGAAUGUUGGCUGAAGAAGAUGAGAUGAAAGGAAAAUGGAUGAAUGAGAGGAGGCUUAGAUUGGAAGAACAGAGGCUGGAAAUUCAGGCACAGACAUUGCAGUUGGAGCAAGAACGACAUAAAUGGGAGAGAUUCUGUAAGAAGAAAGACAGGGAAUUGGAAAUCAUGAAGAUGGAAAACGAGAGGAUGAAACUUGAGAACGAACACAUGGCCUUGGAGUUGAAGAAACGCCAGUUAAAUGCCGAGUUUAUUUGAAACUGAAAGUGUUAUUCUCUUUAUAAGUGUAGUAACAUGUCCAUUCUUUAGGAUAUAACUAUAGAAACUGCAAGUUAAGACCAUUUUUUUUCUUCUUUCUUAGCAAGCUUAAAACAUAAAUUUGA